GCCUCCCGCACGCGACUGAGCAGCUCAAUCGGCACGAUCAAGCUUCUAAAGAGCCGCGCAGGCUUGACUGCGCCCAGUCGGGAACAUGGCGACCACUUCCAACAUGUUCCUUUACUCGCUGACGAUCCAGCCGCCAACCAAUGUCGUCCAAGCGGUCCUGGGUCAGUUCGCGGGCACCAAGGAGCAGCUGAUCAUCACGGGUGCUGGGUCACGGCUGGCUCUCCUGCGGCCGGACCCCUCGCAGGGAAAGGUCAUUACCGUUUUGUCUCACGACAUCUUCGGUAUCAUCAGGUCCCUGGCGGCCUUCCGCCUGGCGGGCAGCAACAAGGACUACUUGAUCUUGGCAACUGACUCUGGUCGCAUCACAAUCAUUGAGUAUCUCCCGAAAGAGAACCGGUUCAGCAAGCUGCAUCUGGAGACUUUUGGAAAGUCUGGCGUGCGGAGAGUCAUCCCUGGCGAAUACCUCGCUUGCGAUCCCAAGGGACGCGCGUGUCUGAUCGCCUCUAUCGAGAAGAACAAGCUCGUCUAUGUGCUCAAUCGAAAUUCGCAGGCGGAGCUCACCAUCUCCUCGCCUCUGGAGGCCCACAAGCCUGGUGUCUUGGUCAUUUCCAUGGUGGCACUGGACGUGGGGUACGCCAACCCCGUGUUUGCAGCCUUGGAGAUCGACUACACGGAGGUAGACCAAGACUCUACUGGGGAGGCUUUGCGGGACCUAGAAACCCAGCUGGUCUACUAUGAGCUUGAUCUCGGCCUGAAUCACGUCGUGAGGAAGUGGUCAGAGCCUGUAGACUCAACUGCCUCGCUGCUGUUUCAGGUGCCUGGCGGCAACGAUGGCCCUAGCGGCGUCCUGGUCUGCGGCGAGGAGAACAUCACCUACCGUCACUCCAAUCAAGAAGCCUUCCGAGUGCCGAUUCCCCGUCGUCGAGGCGCAACGGAGGACCCGUCAAGGAAGCGCACUAUCAUCUCCGGUGUCAUGCACAAGCUGAAGGGAAGCGCAGGCGCCUUCUUCUUUCUGCUACAGACAGAAGACGGCGACAUGUUCAAGGUCACUAUUGAUAUGGUGGAGGAUGACGAAGGCAACACCACGGGCGAAGUCAGAAGGCUCAAGAUCAAGUACUUCGAUACGGUCCCACCUGCGGCCAGCCUUUGCAUCCUCAAGAGCGGCUUCCUCUAUGUUGCCAGUCAAUUCGGAAACUUCUCCUUCUACCAGUUUGAGAAGCUCGGAGACGAUGAUGAGGAGUUGGAGUUCACCAGCGACGACUUUCCCGUCGACGCACAGGCUUCGUAUGAUCCUGUCUACUUCUAUCCGCGACCACUGGAGAACUUGGUGCUCGUAGAGAGCAUCCCAUCCAUGAACCCUCUUCUUGAUUGCAAGAUUGCCAACCUGACGGGCGAAGACGCACCUCAGAUCUACACCAUCUGCGGCAACGGUGCUCGCAGCACGUUCCGGACGCUAAAGCACGGACUCGAGAUUAAUGAGAUUGUGUCCUCCGAGCUUCCCGGCAUUCCUUCUGCCGUUUGGACGCUGAAGCUGAACCGAAAUGAACAGUAUGAUGCGUACAUUGUCCUCUCCUUCACCAACGGAACUCUUGUCCUCAGCAUCGGAGAGACGGUGGAAGAAGUCAGCGACUCCGGCUUCCUUACCAGUGUCCCCACGCUGGCUGCCCAGUUGCUCGGCGAAGAUGGUUUGAUUCAAGUCCAUCCCAAGGGUAUUAGACAUAUCCGCAAUGGACAGGUCAAUCAGUGGGAUGCUCCUCAGCAUCGAUCUAUUGUGGCCGCAUCCACCAACGCUCACCAAGUCGCGAUUGCUCUGAGCUCCGGUGAAAUCGUCUACUUCGAGAUGGACGAUGACGGUUCUCUGGCCGAAUAUGACGAGAAGAAGGAGAUGUUUGGAACGGUCACUUGCUUGAGCCUGGGCGAAGUCCCCGAAGGCAGACUGCGAAGCUCGUUCCUUGCUGUUGGUUGUGACGACUGCACAGUCCGCAUUCUGAGUCUCGAUCCAGAGUCUACACUCGAAAAUAAGUCGGUCCAAGCAUUAACCGCGGCACCCACCUCCCUUGCCAUCAUUUCCAUGGAAGACUCCUCAUCAGGCGGCUCCACGCUCUACCUACACAUCGGCCUCUACUCGGGCGUCUACUUACGGACGGUCUUGGACGAGGUCACCGGCGAAUUAACCGACACACGGCAGAAGUUCUUGGGGCCGAAGCAAGUGAGACUAUUUCAAGUCACAGUCCAGGGACGGACGUGUGUGCUUGGUCUCAGUUCUCGACCGUGGCUUGGAUAUGCUGAUCCCAUCACCAAGACCUUUGUUGUCACUCCUCUCAACUACGUCGAUCUGGAAUGGGGCUGGAAUUUCACCAGCGAGCAAUGCGAAGAAGGCAUUGUGGGUAUUCAGGGGCAAACUCUACGAAUUUUCUCCGUCGACCGGCUGGGAGAUACUCUGAUUCAGAGCUCCAUUCCCUUGACUUACACGCCGAAGAAGAUGGUGAAGCAUCCGGAUCAACCUCUUUUCUAUGUGAUUGAGGCGGAUAAUCACACGCUCUCUCCGGACCUCUGCGCCAAGUUGCUCGCAGAUCCAGCGCGUGUCAAUGGGGACAGCAAGGUUCUCCCCCCCGAAGAGUUUGGUCAUCCCAGAGGCAACCGACGCUGGGCCUCGUGCAUCAGUGUUGUCGACCCGCUGGCCGAAGAUGGCCAGGUCCUGCAAAGGAUAGAUCUAGAGGAAAACGAGGCUGCGGUCAGUGUGGCAAUCGUUACGUUUGCCAGUCAGGAGAACGAAACCUUCCUGGUCGUUGGAACCGGUAAAGAUAUGGUCGUGAACCCUCGCAGUUUCUCUGACGCAUUCGUCCAUAUCUACCGGUUCGAGCGCGACGGCAGGGGCCUAGUAUUCAUUCACAAGACCAAAGUGGAGGAGCCUCCGAUGGCCAUGAUACCUUUCCAGGGGCGUGUGUUGGUUGGUAUCGGCAAGAUGCUUCGCAUUUACGACCUCGGCAUGCGACAGCUGCUGCGAAAGUCUCAAGCCGAAGUGGCACCGCAGCAGAUCGUCUCGCUGAAUGCACAGGGCAACCGAAUUGUCGUUGGCGACGUGCAGCAGGGCAUAACCUACGUUGUCUUCAAGCAGCAGACGAAUAAGCUCAUUCCCUUUGUGGAUGAUACCGUUGCCAGGUGGACAACUUGUUCAACCAUGGUGGACUAUGAGACCACGGCUGGAGGAGACAAGUUCGGCAACAUCUUCAUCGUACGCGCGCCGCAAAAGGCCAGUGAGGAGGCCGACGAGGAGCCAGCGGGGCUUCAUCUGCUCAACGCAAGAAGCUACCUUCACGGAACCUCUCAUCGCCUGGACCUGAUGUGCCACCUCUACACGCAGGAUAUCCCAACGAGCAUUACCAAGACCAGCCUGGUGGUCGGAGGCCAGGACGUUCUGCUGUGGAGCGGACUCAUGGGCACGAUUGGCGUUCUGAUUCCGUUCGUGACCCGAGAAGACGCAGACUUUUUCCAGAGUCUAGAGCAGCACCUCCGGGCCGAGGACCCCCCACUCGCGGGCCGAGACCACUUGAUGUACCGCAGCUACUAUGCGCCCAUGAAGGGCAUCAUUGACGGUGAUCUCUGCGAGCGAUACGCUCUGCUUCCGAAUGAUAAGAAGCAAAUGAUUGCCGGGGAGCUGGACCGCUCAGUCCGGGAAAUUGAGCGGAAAAUAUCGGACAUCCGCACUCGGUCUGCCUUUUAA